ACAAGAGUCGCACUGCGUGUUCUCCCAGCUUUACAGUGAACAUAAACCGUUCCAGGAUUCUCUGGCAGGGAAGUGGAUACUAGAUUUGGGAUUCUGUCCUUGACCGCGAGGCUCUAUAAUAAUUAUUUUUCCUCAUCCAAUAAUUUAAUAUAAACCUUAACCAUGGGGGAAGGAGAUCAAGCCGAUCAAGCUGAAAAAGGCCAGCUUGAUUAUGACAUUGUUAUGUCUGAAGAAUAUGUCCUAACGGAUGUUGAAAAAAAUUUCAUUCUAGCAGCUGAACGUGGUGAUUUACCUGGUGUCAAAAGUAUUAUUAAAGAUCACAAAGAUGAUCCAAAAAGGUUCAAUCUAAAUUGUUUAGAUCCGCUGAAUCGUUCAGCGUUGAUUUCGGCAAUUGAAAAUGAAAAUUUCGAUUUGAUUGUUUUGUUAUUGGAGGAGGGCAUUGAUGUGGGUGAUGCAUUAUUGCAUGCCAUUUCUGAAGAAUAUGUUGAAGCAGUUGAAGAACUUUUGCUAUGGGAAGAAACACAUCAUAAAGAAGGAACACCUUAUAGUUGGGAAGCAGUUGAUCGGUCCAAGUCCACUUUUACACCCGACAUUACUCCGCUAAUUUUGGCCGCCCAUCGUAACAACUAUGAAAUUCUAAAAGUACUAUUAGAUCGUGGAGCAACAUUGCCAAUGCCACAUGAUGUCAAAUGUGGCUGUGAUGAUUGUGUUACAUCGCAAGAGACCGACUCUUUGCGUCAUUCACAAUCUCGUAUCAAUGCAUUUCGGGCUUUGUCUGCCAGUUCCCUUAUAGCACUUAGCUCCCGAGAUCCAGUACUAACGGCCUUUGAAUUGUCCUGGGAAUUAAAACGCCUUCAGGCAAUGGAAUCAGAAUUUCGCGCGGAAUAUACGGAAAUGCGUGCUGACGUACAAUCGUUUGUGUCUUCACUAUUGGAUCAUGCUCGUACUUCUUUGGAAUUAGAAGUAAUGCUGAACUAUAAUCAUGAGGCUAUGGAGCAUGUUUGGACGCCGGGGACACGUCAAACAUUGGAACGUUUGAAGUUGGCUAUUAAAUAUAAACAAAAACAGUUCGUGGCACAUCCAAAUGUGCAACAAUUACUUGCUGCUAUUUGGUAUGAAGGUUUACCUGGAUUUCGAAGAAAAACUGUUAGCCAACAGAUAAUUGAUGUUAUAAAGCUUGGAUGUAUGUUUCCAAUGAACAGUAUGACUUAUAUUCUCGCACCCGAAUCAGAAAAGGGUAAACUUAUGCGAAAACCUUUUGUUAAGUUUAUCUCACAUUCCUGCAGUUAUAUGUUCUUCUUAGCACUUUUGGGUGCAGCUUCAUUGAGAGUUGUGCAAAUUACUUUUGAACUUCUUGCAUUUCCUUGGAUGCUUGCGAUGUUGGAAAGUUGGAAGAAAUACGAGCGUGGAUCGUUGCCAGGACCAAUCGAAUUAGGAAUUAUUAUGUAUAUUUUCAGUAUAAUAUUUAAUGAACUUAGGACUCUUUAUAGCGAUGGACUCUUUGAAUACAUAUGCGAUUUAUGGAACAUAGUAGAUUUCAUAUCUAAUAUGUUUUACGUAACAUGGAUUCUUUGUAGAGCCACAGCUUGGGUAAUUGUUCAUAGAGAUUUAUGGUAUCGAAAUAUAGACCCGUACUUUCCGCGAGAGCACUGGCAUCCUUUUGAUCCGAUGUUAAUAUCUGAGGGUGCAUUUGCAGCCGCAAUGAUAUUCUCCUUCUUGAAACUUGUGCACAUUUUCUCCAUCAAUCCUCACUUGGGACCGCUGCAAGUGUCUUUGGGCCGAAUGAUUAUCGAUAUUAUCAAAUUCUUCUUCAUCUACACUUUGGUGCUGUUUGCUUUUGGUUGCGGCUUAAAUCAAUUGCUCUGGUACUAUGCCGAUUUGGAAAAGAAAAAGUGUUACCAUUUGCAUCCUGAUGUUGCGGACUUUGAUGAUCAAGAAAAGGCUUGUUCAAUUUGGCGACGAUUCUCAAAUCUUUUUGAAACAUCCCAAUCAUUGUUUUGGGCUUCUUUCGGUCUUGUCGAUUUGGUUUCGUUCGAUUUAGCUGGCAUUAAGAGCUUUACUCGAUUUUGGGCACUUCUCAUGUUCGGAUCUUAUUCUGUGAUCAAUAUUAUUGUACUCCUCAACAUGUUGAUUGCCAUGAUGUCAAAUUCCUAUCAAAUCAUCUCAGAACGAGCUGAUAUGGAAUGGAAAUUCGCUCGUUCGCAACUAUGGAUGAGCUACUUUGAAGAUGGAGGCACUGUACCACCACCAUUUAACUUGUGUCCAACUGUUAAAUUGUUGAGGAAAACACUUGGAAAGGAAACUAAUAAGCGAACUAAGAGCUUUAUGCGAAAAUCAAUGGAAAAGUCACAAGCUUUGCACGAUAAAGUGAUGAAGCUACUAAUCCGACGAUUUGUCACCGCCGAGCAAAGAAAACGUGACGACUAUGGCAUAACUGAAGAUGACAUCAUUGAAGUGCGUCAGGACAUUAGUUCGUUGCGCUUUGAAUUGUUGGAAAUAUUCCAAAAUAAUAAAUUCGAAGUUCCAGAUAUUGAAAAGAAGACCGCAGCUGCUGCUGGUACAAAGAAGGGCAAAGUUAUGGAAAGACGUAUUUUGAAGGACUUCCAAAUUGGUUUCGUUGAGAAUUUACAGAAUGAAAUGAAUACACAACCUCAAGAUAAAACUGUUGAUGUAUUUAGUUCGAUUGCCAGAGUUAUUGGAAAGAAACAAUCAAUUAAAGCUGGCGAGAAGAAGGAUUGGAAUGCGAUUGUCCGCAAAAACACAAUGUCUGUGGAUCCUAUUGGAUCGAAACGAUCUUCCAUGCAACGACGCAGCCAGAGGAGCUUGAGGAGGCAGAUUAUUGAAGAAGCUAAUGAAGGUCUUGGCAUGAACCAAAAUAGACUUGUUGAGUACAAUCCAAAACUGGGUGAUGUAACAAGGGCAACUCGAGUGGCAUAUGUUAAAUUCAUGCAAAAGAAAUUGACAGCAGCUGAAAUUGAAGAAGCAGCUCAAAAAGGUGAACAAGUUGAUCUCAAGCCAUCAGGUUCAACAAAAGCACCAGCCGAAGGUGGAAAGGAAAAAGUUGAUUUGACAAAAUCAAUGAAAAUGUUAACAGCUUCUGUAAAAGGAUCAGCUCCAGCACCUCCAACUGGAGACAAAAAAGAUGACAAGAAACCAGAUGACAAACCAGCAGGAAAGCCAGCCGAUAAGCCAAUAACUAAAGCAGCCGAUCCUACAAAGCCCGUACCCAAACCAGGAGAAGCAGCAAAGAAGACCGAUGAUGCAAAACCAGGUGCCCCAGCUAAACCCGAUGCACCUGCAAAGCCGGACGAUGCGAAGAAAGAUGCCGCCAAGCCAGAUGUUGCAAAACCAGGUGAAGCAGCCAAACCCGAUGCAGCGGCUAAGAAAGCCGAAACUACUAGAACCGAUGCAGCCAAACCACCCGAUACAACAGCAGCAGCCGCAAAAGGUCAAGCACCAGCUGCACCCGCUGGAGCAGCUCCAGCUGCCGGAGGAGCACCUGCUGCCGCCCCACCAGCUGACGCUCCGAAGACAACUACUGCAGCAGACAAGCCAGCCGAUGGUGAUGCAGCAAAAGCAGCUGAUAAACCAAGUGAUGACAAAGCAGCUGAUAAACCUGGCGAUAAACCUGGUGACAAGCCCGGCGAUAAACCUGGUGACAAACCUGCUGAUAAGCCAAAACCUGCAGUGGAAAAGAAAGUACCAGCGAAAAUCAAUGUUGGUCAAAGUAGUGCGGCUGCUGGUGGUGAUCGAGGUAAAUCUCAAGUAACAGGUCGUAUGAUUUCGGGAUGGCUGUAAGAAGACUGAAAAGGAUGCGGAUUUUUUAAAAACUUUAAAAAUCAGUUCAAUGAAAAUUUUUAAAUAAAAUAUACAAUUUAAGUUAUUUAAAAACAAUAAAUAAAUAAAAAUACAGAAGAUAAAAAUAGUAAAAUUUGUGGAGUAAAUCAAAAUGUCAAGAUAUUUGAAAAUUACUGCAUU